AUGUCGGCCGAUCUCUCAGAUUAUGAUGUCGAGACGAUCGCACAGAUUCCUCAGACGAAGCUGGCCAUCUUCAUUAUCUCAACGUACGGCGAGGGAGACCCCAGCGACAACGCCAGCUUGUUCUGGGACUGGGUUACCAAGCUACAAGACAAGCCACUGGUAUCGCUGCGAUACGCGACAUUCGGUUUGGGCAACAGCAACUACAGAUACUACAACAGGGUCGUCGAUGUGGUCGACAAGGCACUAGAAAACCACGGUGCCUCUCGUCUCGCCCCUAUUGGUCGUGCCGACGAUGCGCAAGGUGCUACGGAAGAAGAUUUUCUCUCGUGGAAAGAUGACCUGUACAAGGUUUUCUGCGAGACCCUCAAGCUCCAAGAACAAGAAGUCGUUCAUGAGCCUUCACUGGCAGUUGUCGAAGAUGAGUCCCUCGAGCCUCAAGAUCUUCACAUCGGCGAGCCGGUGCACUCGAUUGAGGGCUCUGGAAAGUCAACCGCAAACUCUGCGAUAAAGCCCUUAAAGAUCAACAAGGCAUAUAGUCUCUUCUCAUCUCCUGGUCGUAGCUGCUUACACCUCGACCUCGACCUCGGCAGCAGCUCUCAGCUUACCUACAAGACUGGCGACCACCUCGCCAUCUGGCCUAUCAACCCAGAUCAAGAGGUCGAGCGUCUACUCAACGUCCUUGGUCUAUCACAACGCCGCAGCAUUCCUAUCAGCAUCAACGCAUUGGAUGCUGCUGUUAAAGUCAAGAUCCCCACGCCGACCAACGUAGAGACACUGUUCCGGUACUACUUAGAAAUCUGCGCCGCGGUCCCCAGGGACGCUGUCCGCGGUAUUUCACAGUUCGCGCCUUCACCUAUAGUGAAGGAUUUCCUCCUAAACUUGGGCCAUGACAAGGAAACCUACUCCAAUUUUCUCGCAUCCAACCACCUCACUCUUGGCAAGCUACUCGAAUUGGCAGCCAAGGCCGACAGCAACCUCGUCACAUCAGCAUGGGCCGGCAUCCCGCUAUCAUACCUCAUCGAGACUCUACCCAGGUCUCAACCCCGUUACUACUCGAUCUCUUCCUCUAGCGUUGUUUCUCCCAAGGCCCCGAGCAUUACUGUGACUGUUUCUGAUACACCCCUUUCCGCUUCUCCGUCUAGCACUAUUCCCGGUCUCACUACCAACUACCUUCAAGCACUUCAUCGGUCCUUGCAAAGCUCUCAGAUCACUCAACAGACUGAAGGCCUGAGCUAUGCUCUGUCGGGACCGUCAAGCACUUUGGAAGGUGGUCUUGUCUAUGCUCACAUCCGUCGCUCCAAGUUCAAGCUCCCCAUGCUCUCUUCACACCCUCUUGUCAUGGUUGCCGCCGGCACAGGUCUGGCGCCUUUCCGCGCCUUUGUCAUCGAGCGUCUGCGCCUCAAGUCCAUUGGCAAGGAGGUCGGUCAUAUGAUGCUCUUGUUCGGUUGCCAACGUCCCGAUGACGACUAUAUCUACAAAGAGGAGCUCGAACAGAUGGAGAAGGACCUUGACGGCAAGCUGAGGAUCGUGACAGCCUUCUCAAGGCAAGAGGGCACAAAGAAGACCUAUGUCCAGGAUAGAGUUCGCGAGUUUGGAAGCGAUAUUGCUAAGCUUUUGGAAGAUGGCGCUAGCCUGUAUAUGUGCGGAAGGGCGAGUAUGGCGAGAGAGGUUGGCAAAACCCUGAGAGAUGUUUUUAAAGCAGACAAGGGAUGGAACGAUGCCCAAGUGAAGGACUGGAGCGAGAGGUUGAAGCGAAAUCGCAAGUGGCAAGAGGACGUCUGGGGCUGA